GCUGUGGCUCUGGUGGUGAAAGGGUGUGAAUGUGCUACUCCGUGCCCCCUCUCUCUCCAGUCCUUUGGGGAUAAAAAAAAAUAUCAUCUCCCUUUUUCAUUUUUUUAUUUUGAUUUUUUGUUGAAAAAAAAGAUCCCUCUCGAACGGCGACAUCCUUUCCCCUCCCCAAAGUUCCUCUUCGGAAGAAUUUUUACACAUAGUGCCUGGUCGUCGUCAUCGUCCUUUGGGAAGAAGAAGAAGCAUUUUGGGGACGAGUGAGCAAUAUAUACGAUGAGAUCAUUUCGUUCGAAAGCUGUUGUCAUUUUUUUUGUAUUAUAGAGUACAGGAAAAAAACCCCGAGAGAUUUGUGACGAUGGUGUUUUUUGUGUGGAUUCAGUGAGAUAAGGCGGCCAGUUUGAUCAAGACUCGAGUAGGCAUAUAUAUCUAUAUAGCUAUACGUAUCUGUGCUCAGGAGAGAGAGAGAGACAACGAAAACGUGUAAACCGUCUCUCUGAUUUAACCUCAUUCAUAAAAAAGGAGGAACAGAUCCGACGCCUCGGAGGAAAGUCGAUGGAUGGAUUGUGUGCCUAAUCACCGUCAGUCCGAGUAGAUAGAUUGAUAGAUAGAUAGAUAAAGGAAUCGAGGAAGGUGGUCACCGUUGUCUCUAUCAGCAGCAGUUCGCCUUAGAUGUUUGUUGUAAUUAUCAUUUCCAGUGCUGCUUCUCUCUCUCCCUCUGUCUCUCUCUCUCUCUCUCUCUCUCUCUCUCUCUCUCUCUCCCCCUCCCUCCCCGUUGAGAUUAAGUGAUGCCGGAUGGUGCUAGAUCUGGAGGUACCGCAGCAGCAGAAGCAGAAGCAUCUUCAUCUUCCCAGCUCUUCGUGUGUGCUCGUAGUGAUUCCCUUCGUCGUCAGGAGUCGGAGGAGGUGCCCCCCGGUAACGAGGGCGAGCGGCGACCGGACGUUGUUGCUGGAGAUUCUGGAGGAGGAGGCGGAGGAACGACGGCCUCUGUCAGACAGGUCGACCUCCGCACCCAACUAAAGGAGAACCGUUACACUCCACUGGAGGCUGCGGUCCAGGGCUUCGAGUUGCCUCCUCAUGGCUGUAGCUGCGGCCGAAACGAAAAUGUAAAUAUCACGUCGUCGACGCCGCCGAGAGAGGCCGGGUCACCUCCGGCUGCUCGCCGCCACGAAUCCAGGUCAAUGUUUGUUCGACCGGGCCAUGACCUGGCCCGCGUGAGGCCCUUGAGAGGAGUCUGCUGUCGCAGGGAAGAAGCUUCUUCUUCCUCCUCCUCCCUCUCUCCCUCCCCCUCCCCUUCCACCCCGUCCCCUUCCUCUUCCGAGGCAGUCUCCCGAGGGUCAGUCGGGGUCAAAGGUCAGAUGAGAACGCGGUGUCCCAAGAGACUGAAAGUCAUGUCCGUCACGCCCAGAGAUGCCCCUCCGAAGAGCCAAGAUGCGGAAGACUCCCUCCUCCUCGGGCGACUCACCUCCUCCCCCUCCCCCUCCCCGCUAACGACCGGAGAGUGCUGCUGCAAGCCUGGAGGAGAGGCCGACGAAGGCGGGCGGCCUCUCGCCCACAAGAGAUCGCACAGGAAAACGACGUUGCCGAAUUCCUCAUCUUCCUCACCAUCAUCCUUGCGAGGUGCGGCGAAACAGCGUCGGGAGGAAAGCGAGGAGGGGGAGGAGGAGGAGGAGGAGGAGGCGGCCAAAAAGAAGCCCGUCGAUACCAGGGUAUCGCCUUCACCCCACAAAACAGCAGAAGGCGACGCUGACGGAGGUGGUGGGCGGCGGCAGUGCCCACGCAACAGGAGGACGUCAUCCCUAACGACACCACCACCACCAGCAGCAGCAGCGGCGAUACCCCGUCGCCAUAACCAGCCCCAUCUUCUCCAUAUCCAUCAUCACUAUCACCUGCAUCGUCGCUUCCGGUCUAAAAACAGACCCAUCGCCAGCAGUAAAAGCAGCAGUAACAGCAGCAGCAGUAGCUACAGUGGUAGCUACAACAGCAGCAGUAGCUACAGCAACCUGCUGGCGACCAAACACACUUCUUCUUCCUCUUCCUCUUCAUCUUCAUCCUCCUCCUCCUCCUGCUCGAGUAAAUUCUUCCUGGCCAGCCUCCUGAUCAUGGUGAGCGUUCUGGUGCCCGCCGAGGGCGGCAACCCGGACGCGAAGCGCCUCUACGACGACCUCCUCUCCAACUACAACAAGCUGGUGCGCCCCGUGGUGAACGUGACCGACGUCCUCACCGUCAGGAUAAAGCUGAAGCUCUCCCAACUCAUUGAUGUGAACCUGAAGAGUCAGAUCAUGACAACGAAUUUAUGGGUAGAACAGUACUGGUACGACUACAAGCUCAUCUGGGAACCGAAGGAGUACGGAGGCGUGGAGAUGCUUCACGUUCCCUCAGAUCACAUCUGGAGACCGGACAUCGUGCUUUACAACAAUGCUGACGGCAACUUCGAGGUGACCUUGUCGACGAAGGCGACGCUUUCUUGGAAUGGCCUAGUCGAGUGGAAGCCUCCCGCCAUUUAUAAGUCCUCCUGCGAAAUCGAUGUCGAGUACUUUCCCUUCGACGAACAGACCUGCGUCAUGAAGUUCGGGUCGUGGACCUACGACGGCUUUCAGGUCGAUUUGCGCCACCUGGACGAAAUCGUAGGAACCAACAUGGUGGAAAUGGGGGUCGAUCUCUCCGAAUUCUACAUGUCGGUCGAAUGGGACAUCCUGGAGGUGCCAGCAGUCAGACACGAGAAGUUUUACACCUGUUGCGACGAGCCGUACCUCGACAUCACCUUCAACAUCACCAUGAGAAGGAAGACCCUCUUCUACACUGUCAACCUCAUCAUCCCAUGCAUGGGGAUCUCCUUCCUCACCGUCCUCACCUUUUACCUCCCCUCGGAUUCUGGAGAAAAGGUGACGUUGAGCAUCUCCAUCCUUAUCUCCCUCCACGUGUUCUUCCUGCUGGUCGUUGAGAUCAUCCCGCCGACGUCGCUGGUCGUCCCUCUGCUGGGGAAGUACUUAAUAUUUGCCAUGAUACUCGUCUCUAUAAGUAUAUGUGUGACCGUGUUGGUGCUGAACGUGCACUUUCGGUCCCCUCAGACGCACAAGAUGGCGCCCUGGGUCAGAAGAGUCUUCAUCCACAUAUUGCCGCGGCUGCUCAUCAUGAAAAGACCUCAGUAUCAGCUCAAUAAACACAGCGUUUUCAUGGAAUCCAACAGGGUUAUGGUCCACACGUGUAAUGGCAACGAGAUGAGGGGGAAUUUCUACCGCCAGGAAUUCGACGAACCCAUUUACAAACACAACGACCCCAAUCUCCCCUACGACACACCGCUGGGGAGGGACCCCAGGGACGAUUUCUCACCGAUGACAGACGGGCCGUUUUCUGGAACAUGUCGGAUUCACGGGGCCACAAACAUCCACGAGGACACCUACACCUUCGAGAACUCGGACAAGAGUCCCACGUUUCGACCCUUCCAGCACAACCUGCCUCACUGUUCUCCUGAAGUUCACCGGACCUGUUGGUGCGUCAGUUUCAUAGCGGAACACACCAGGCUCAAAGAGGACUCUACCAAGGUGAAGGAAGAUUGGAAAUACGUAGCUAUGGUGCUGGAUCGUCUCUUCCUGUGGAUUUUCACAUUGGCUGUCCUCGUGGGAACUGCCGGCAUCAUCUUACAGGCUCCAUCCCUGUAUGACGACCGCAUACCCCUCGAUAAGGUCCUGUCAGAGGUCUACCGACAACACCACACGAAGCACUAGCUCGCCCUGAGGAGGGAAGAAGAUAAAUAAGAAGAUGAGUUCCCCCUCAGGAUAAAGAUGUUCUCAGAGCUAUCAACAAGGGGCGCGUUUAUUCAGUUAUACAAUGAGCGAUGAAGGAGCGCGUUCUCUUCACGCCAGGACCCGGAGGGGAUCAGGUUCCUGUCAAACAGUGUUGGAUAUUCCUAACUGUAGUUUUUAAGGGAUUCUGCAACAAGACCAUUUGUAUGUAUUUUAGAUAGAAAGAAGCGGACUUUUAGAAUUGUUUGUUGCUACUUACGUGUUGUUUUGAAGACCCAGCUAACCUCCAAGAGACGUCUGAAAUGCUUCGGGUUUCCUGAAGGGAAGUGAUGAUUCUUUUUGUAAUGGUUUUCAAGUGUCGCGAAACGUUGUGGGAACAAAGUUACGGAAAUGCAUCCAGUGAAUGUCCAGCUUUUAUCAAAGUGAGGAUCUUUUCAAAAGUCUUUGCUGGGUAGAAAGAAAAAAAAAGGAAUUGAUUUGAGUGGCUUAGUUGUAGCUAUUAUUCGUCUUCAUGUGUUCGAUAGGCAAUCAGAUUUCACUCUGGUACUUCGUCUACACUCAAUUUUUCUGCAUAAACACUUUUAUAGUUAAAUGAAUGUCCAUGCAUUAAUGAGCAUAACCCAAGAUGUAGAGGAACUACCAGACUGAGAGUACUCGUCGUCAAUUCAGUUACCAAUGGUCAUUUGUUUUUGGGAACUCUGCUAGAAGAAGGAAAACAUGUCCUUGAUCAUCUGUAUAUGAUCCUAAAAAGGAAGUAUUCUUUUGUCUCUGUAUCCUCCAGCUGAGGAUGCACGAUGAUGUUUUGGUUUGAAGGAUUUCUGUUCCCCUCUGCAGUGGCCGGGAAGCAUCUGAGCGUAACCCCAGCAUAAUCUUUCUGUGUGGACCCACAAAAGGAUAGAAGAAGAAGAAGAAGAAGUGACGUAGAAUAUACUCUUUUAAGAUUAAGGUACUUUGUAUCGUAGAUCAUAGUGAAAGAAAUUAAUCUCGUCUAUUAAGUGACAAUAACAAAAACUGACUGGUUGAAGUGAUUUUUUGCCAAAAAAAAAAAAAGGAAUUAAAAAGUUGUGAUUUAGAUUACGAGUAAGAGAGAAUUCUCCUGAGUGAGGGCGGGGUAAUCCAACCCCGACCCCCAGUGUUCAUUUCAGUUUCUGAAGUGUUUUUACAAGGGAACUCCAGUUGUGAGGGAGAUGCACUGUUUUUGCUGUUCGAUAUGCAUUUAAACACACGGUUCAUUUCGUUGGUGAAUUCUGAGUUGCCAAGAAAGGGAAAAAACCAGCCAAAGAAUUUCGCUCCCAGUUGUUUUGAGGAAAAGGACAAAUCAUCAUUCCUAUCGGUUUGCUUGGAUGCGUUUUGUGGUGACCACUAAAUAGCAAUCUGUAGUUGGGCCUCUUUAGGGUGAGGCCAUUAAAGUAAUAAUACUAAUUAUAAUGAUACUAUUGAUAAUGAUUAUUAUGAUAAUGAUUUAAAAAAAAAGAGACUUUGUAGACGAAACUGAAUUGUUUCUCUGAUGGUGAGGAGGAGGCGAAGAAGAAGAAGAAGAAGGCCGCGUGGCGGCGUGCCUCAGGGCGAGGCGUGUUUACCUGUGCAGAUUAGUACUUUCGAUGUCAUUAUAAUUGGGAGAUGAUACUGCUUAUGUUGCCCAAGUGUGCUAACAAAUGUUUCAGUAUUCUAUGACAGAUUUUAAGUGCUGUAAAAUAAUAAUGAUAUAAAUAUAAAUUUGUUGUUGGUUAUCAUAGUUGGAAGUCAACGGCAGUGUUAUUAUAUAGAUUACGAUGUUAAAAAAAAAAAAAAAAUCUUUUAGGUUGGGAUUGUUGAAUAUUUUAACAAAGCUGAGAAUCAUUCACUCGUUCAUUCACACUUCCCGGUGACAAUUGCAGACUGUUCCAGAGGCUAAUCAUUCGCUUCGGACCUUGAUCAGCUCCUCUGAUCGGCCGUAGAAUUUGUAAGAGGAGGAAGGAAGAAGAAGAAGAAGAAGAGUAUUCGGGGUUCCAUUUCUCUUCCAUUAUUAGUACCACAUCAAUAAUAAUUCUUGCCCUUGUCUUCUAUAGACGAUAUUGUUGAUGCUCAGUGUUUCUUUCCAUUGCUGCAGAUGGGAGAUUGACAUGGCUAGCCUGCAGUCAUUUGUUUUGAUUUGAGGAUCCCUCGUUUCCUGCUGCAGAAUCUUGUUUUCUUCCCGGGGAGGAAGAAGAAGAAGAAGACGAAAGAAUGGAUAACUUGCCAUACAAGUCAGAAGAGGAUUUUAGGAACUGGAUUCGUAGAGCUUCGUCUUAAAAUGUCGUCUUCCUCCCCGGGCUUUUUUGUAAUGGAUAGAAAUAUCCUCUUUUUGCAAGAUGAUUCAAGAUAAGCUCAAUGUAGGUAAUAUGGAAGGCUCUGAAUGUCCAAUCUCCCCCCCAGUAAUAAGAAGGUGAUGUUACAUUAAUCACAGGCUUCACAAAAAAAGUAAUGUGUGAAUUUGUAGUAGGAGUUAGCCUUAUUGAAUUUAAACAUAAUUGCAGUUAUACAUACAACACUUAUGUAAACUGUCAGUGCAAUAGAAAAUACAACACGAAGGUCUCCUCCAUAUUGGAUUUUCAGAUGUUUAUUACAUAGUCUUCACACCAAACAUUUUGGUUGUGACAUCAGAGAAGCGGGUAGUACACCAAGAUAAGGUAGGUUUUUUAAUGUGAAUUUAAAGGCUAAAGUAAGACGACGAUGUUGAAUUAUUUUUUGCCAAUGUCCCCCCGACUUUUGUCCACAUUAGGAAGCAAUGAGGGGCAGGAGUUGCACAGGAUCUGUGGCUGACUAGUAGGAGUCCUGUGGAGAGGACCCCUGGAUUUCGUCAGUUUUUGAAGAUGUAUUUUACAAGUUUCGUGGUUUACAUCAUUCUCGGUGUACGUUCGUUUUCGUCCUUUUGUUUUUUAUGAGCCUUGUUUUAUUUAACUGUGUUGUCCCGGAUUCGUGAAUGUUGACCAUUGUCAUGUUCAAUGGGUCAGACACAACCAUUCAUUUUCGUUAUUUCUAGGUGUAGGACGAAGGCCCUGACCAUUGUACCAUUUUUGUUCCAACUGUUCUAGUCUACUUUAGUUGCUGUGCAACUCUUGUUACCUCCCCUGUAAAAUCACAAUAUGAUUUCGGAAUACACACGCCAUAAUAUCCUUCGAGACAACCAGAUCCACAAUUGUUCAAGAUGGCUGAGUUGUUCACAGUUUGACUGAACGUCAGACUUUUCAAAGGGGAAAAACACACAACAAGAGUGCUACUUAGCAUAAUAAUUUAAGUCGCAAAAGCGCGUUGACUGUAGGUUUUAUUUGUCUGGGAAGAUGGAAGCAACGAUCAGUCGUCACUCAAAACCCACCAGUUUCAGUCGUUCGUUUGUAAACGAAGCUUACGCCACAACACAGAAGUUUUCUUCUUCUUGUUUUUGUCUACGUCAACCCCAACACCCGACCGAGUCACUUUUGAUCAGACUUUUACUUUUUCUGAAUAUGCUUCAGACAAACGUUUGAAGAACGGUUUAUUCCACAGAGGAUCCCGUCUCUUGGUCACCACUAGAAUGGUUUGUUUCAUAGUAGUUCUGACCACUGUAGUACCAUCUUCAGUUCUGUCUCCGCCAGACCUCUCUGGUUUCACUUCGGUCCACUGGGGUUUAUCGUUAUGAAUUCCCUUUAGGAAGCUUUUAUUUUCCCUUCCCACGUCAUCCUCCUCAUGCGUGAUCCCUUGUACAUAUUAUUUACAAGUCGAUUAUACAUAUCAUAACCAGUGUUCGUUCAAGCAUUCCUUUAUAACCUUUGCAGGUAUUUUGUAAGUUGCAAUUUUUUCCCAUUUUCUAUAAUGUGAUUUCCCAUUUUCAAUCAUUUCAUAUCAUUUUCCCCAUUUUCUAUCAUUUCAUGUCAUUUUUCCCAUUUUCUAUAAUUUCAUGUCUUUCCCCAUUUUCUAUCAUUUCAUGUUAUUUUCCCCAUUUUCUGUCAUUUCAUUCUAUUUUACCAUUUUCUGUCAUUUUAUUCCAUUUUCCCCAUUUUCUGCCAUUUCAUUCCAUUUUCCCAUUUUCUGUCAUUUCAUUACAUUUCCCCCAUUUUCUAUCAUUUAGUGCCAUUAUGUCCCAUUUUAUAUCAUGUCUUUUUCCCAUUUUCCGUCAGUUCAUGAUAUUUUCCCAUUUUCUAUCAUUUUAUGCCAUGUGUCCCCAUUUUCUGUCAUUUUAUUCCAUUGUACCGAUUCGUUUUCAUUCUCACGAACGUCAAAAAGAGGUCACAUACUGCUAUUUUUUUUUUUUUUUUUUUUUUUUUUUACGAAAUGUCGAAUGAGUCAUGAAAUAACUUAUAAAAUUGCUUAUAGCAUUUUGGAUCUCCAAGUGAGGUGUGAUUGAUGAUGAUGAUGACGAACCCUAAUCUUAUCAGAGAGAGGAAAAAAAAUAUUUUUUCUCCUAAUAUGGCCUCCAAGUUGUAAAUUGAAGAUGGAGUCUUGAUGCAGCAUUCUGGUCUGAAGAUUUGAAGUGAAUUGUCUUGUGGGAAUUGUUCCAAUGUUUUUCUGUGAGGCUCGAAUCUACAAACGUCUUCUUGCACUCAAGCUGUAAGUUUUAGCAACCGGUUCCUUUUUCCCACUGUGAGUUAGGACACCAUUUUGGUUUCCAUGCAAUGAGUUAGAACAACAUUUUGGUUUUCAUACUGUGAGUUAGAACAACAUUUUGGUUUUCAUACAGUGAGUAGAGCAUUUUGGUUUUCAUGCUGUGAAUUAGAACAACAUUUUGGUUUUUAUACAGUGAGUAAGAACAAUACUUUGGUUUUCAUACAAUGAGUAAAAACUUGGUUUUCAUACAGAGUUAAAACAUGUUGGUUUUUAAUCAAUGAGUUAGAAUAGCACUUUGGUUUUCAUGCAGUGGCUAAGAACAACAUUAAGUUUUCAUGGUGAAUUAGAACAACUCUUUUGUGUCCAUAAAUUGAGUUAGAACGACAAUUUGGUUUUCAAACAGUUAGAACAAGAUUUAGGUUUUCAUAGUGAGUUAGAGCAACAUUUUGUCUGUCAUCCAGUACCACAGAACAACAUUCUGGUUUGGAGCUGUACUGAGCAGCCUCUGUAUCGUACACACAUUGAGUUAGAGACUUUAUUUUACUCGAAGCAGAUGCUGUAGCUCCCUGUGAAGUUUUAUUUUACUGGGAUACAUUGUGCCAAUUUAACACUGUAAUAUAUACAAUAAAGGUAUGAGGUAGGUUUGAUGAACGAGCCACUAAGGCAGUGAAAUUGUUGCCACAAAUAUCUAAAGAAUUAAUGAAGAAUUAUAAAAUUUUUGCGUUCUUAUACUUAAACCAUGAUUUGACCUUUACUUUGAAAUAGAAAGAUUAUUGUUCAUAUUUCAGUUAGGUGUUUCAAAGGAUUCCAUUAAAGGCCGCUAAUACUACUCUCACUGACACCAUGGUUUAGUAACUCAUCAGAAUUUUUGAUUAAAGGUUUUCUGGCAUGUUUGGUGCUGUAUUGCUUUGUACUAUCAACUAUAAUAAUUAUUCGUCAGAUGCCUACUUUACUGGUUGGAGUAACAUAGGCAUAGUUACUUGUAAUUGGCUUAUUUUAUUAUACUGAUCCAUUGUGUUUACAAGAACGGAAAACAUUGUAUAUUGUAGUUUAUUGGUGUAUUCAUAUUUAUGGAAAGCAAUUCCACUUUGAAUUAAUAUUUUGUUUUUAUUGAAUCGCUACAUAUAUUAAACUGGUUUUGUCUCCGUAACCUGAGGUUUUGUUGCUCUCGAAAAUAUUCAUAAUUUUUCCCUUCAGUGUGUGCAGUGUCUUAUGAUUGGAAUUGUAGAAAAAACAAAUGAAAAAAAAUCACUCUAGACUAUUGGCCAUUGAAACCAGGUCAGCCUCUACACGGCCAGACUGCUUCAUCAAGAAGUUUUUUGCUCACAGAGAAAGACGAUGCGUUCUGUUGUUUGUUAGAUAAGGUGAGUUUACACUAGGCUUCACCCCACACAGCAUGCAUAAGCCUCAUCACCAACUCCUUCCAAAUUCUUGUUAGCCCCACCUACCGGACUGCUCAUCAAGAGUCACGCCACACCACUAACUCACCCUAAUAAGCACUCCAGUAAGCGGGGCGAACAAGAAUUUGGGAGGAGAUGGUGAUGAGUCUUACGCAUGCAGCGUGGGGUGAAGCCUAGUGUAAACUCACCUAUAUGCUGUAAAUAUCACUCAUUCAUUAUUUUUCCCUGACCAUGAGAUUUAAAUAAGAUUCGCUACAAAUGUUAUGCAUCAAAAACGAAACACAAAUAAUGUGAGUUGCUUCUAUGUCAGGUCCCCCUAGAGAGGGGUGGGUCUUCUGCUUCUUAAAAACACAAUGAUUGUGAAUACCACCACCAACUCAGCUUAGAAGUCUCCAUCAGUGCGUCUUUUAUCUGUGGUUGUCGAGAAGGCUAUGAGGGACUUCAGAGGGAAUCCAGAGCAUCAGUUCGAAUCUUGAGUUUCAGGCAGAGCUUCAGCAGACUUCAGUUGGCUCUGAAAUUCCUCGGAGGAAAAUGAGGUCCUGAUUUACUGACAUAACCCAGCAAGAAGAUGCAGUGCUGGAGGUUCUCUGAUCUUUGAAAUUCUAACAACCUCCCCCCUUCCCCCUUCACCAACCCCCAACUAUACACACACAAACACACGCACCCCAAAGAUUUAGUGUUCUAAUUUCUCGUUUUGAAUUUCCACCACAAACAUUUUUCAUCCAGUCACUGGCAUUCUGUAAUGUAAACAUUUCUCUCAAACAAGAAGAAUAGAAUAACGGAAAGAGUUUUUAUAUGAUUAUAUAUAUAAAUAUAUAUAUAAAUAUAUAUAAAUCCCUGACAAUGUAAAUAUAAAAAAAAUAUAAAAAGUUUUAAACUAAAUAAUGACAUUACUUUUAGCAUAUUUAAGCUCAUUCUUAAAUUUGUUACUGUUAUUAUAACAUUAAAUGAUGUGGGGCGAGUUGAGGAAUGGUCUGCUGUUCUGAGUUGUCUCUUUCUUAGGGGAAACUUCUCCUGUGUUGACAGUUCUCCGCUUAAUAAGACUUUUUUUUUACAGUAUUUUUCUUGCUUAACCUUGCUAUGCAUCUGUACCAACUUUCAAUAUUAUUAUUAUUAUUAUUAUUAUUAUUAUUAUUAUUAUUAUUAUUAUUAUUAUUAUUAUUAUUAAUCAUACUGAAGCCUGCAGAAAUUAGAGAGAAAGUUUAGCAAAGGUGGAAGAUGACCCCAAACUCCAUUAUGAAGUUUUGAAACGGAGUUGAGGAAAAGGAGAGAGUAAAGUUAGCCCUCUGAUUUUGUUGUUGUUAUUAUUAUUAUUAUUAUUAUU